GGGGAUUCGUGAAGGCGAAGAGGCGAACGGUUCCCCGACUCCAUCUCGGCCCUCAAACCCGUCUCUCUCGCGCGCGCCGUCCGUGGUGGAAGCGUGGGAUCGCGUCGAUACAGGCGUCGAAAAAUCGCGCCGGCUUCGCGGCAUCGCGGCCGCCCCCUCAGCGCGCCAUGCACAGGACGAUGGCUCACCAGGCGGGCGAUGAGAUCGGGAAACUAUUUGUUGGCGGUCUGGACUGGAACACCAGCCAAGAGGGACUGCAAAUAUACUUCUCGCAAUUUGGGGAGGUGAUCGACUGCGUCAUCAUGAAGGACAAGGAAACGAAUCAGUCCCGUGGUUUUGGCUUUGUCAAGUUCAAGGAUCCCAACUGCAUUGGCAUGGUGCUGGCCAACAGACCUCACUGCCUCGAUGGCCGUACGAUUGACCCCAAGCCGUGUACACCUCGUUCCAUGCAGACGCCCAAACAAAACCACCAGGAGAGACCACCUCCUGCAAAUCAAAAUGUUAUCAGAUGUAAAAAGAUUUUUGUCGGUGGAAUUCCACACAACUGUGGAGACAUGGAGCUCAGGGAAUACUUCAAAAGAUUUGGCAUGGUUACAGAAGUUGUAAUGAUAUAUGAUCAACUGAAACAGAGGCCGAGAGGUUUUGGAUUUAUUUCUUUCGAAGACGAGCAAUCUGUGGACCAGGCUGUCAACUUGCAUUUUCACGACAUCAUGGGCAAAAAAGUGGAGGUGAAGCGGGCCGAGCCUAGGGAUGGCAAACCACAAACAUCUGGUCAGUGGGGGAGCAGAAACAUGCCCGCAUCUAAUGGCUGGGGUGGGCAACCCCCCUCUGCUCCCUGGCAGCAGCCUGGUGGCUAUGCUGCACCAGGAAUGUGGAUGGCAUCUCCCCAACCUAUGGGAGGGUUUGCUGCUGGACGAGGAGCGCCUGCCACCUUUAACCUGUACCCUGCCCCUCCCCCAGCUCCAGCCAGUUACAACCCCCCACCCCAAUCGCAGGCCUUUGGGCAGGGGGCGUACUCGCAAGCGCCACAGUACGGCCUCCCAGCUGGGUUCCCCGGCUACCCGCAGCCCGCCCAGCCAGAUCAGUUUGGGCCUCCGGCUGUUCCGCCCCAAGCUACCGGCCCACAGCAUGGUCAGCUGGGCUUCCCUGCCCCCCAGAGCCAAAAUCCCAACGCAGACAUUGUAAAGCCCCCUAGCGACUACCCCACCUUCAGCCAGUUUGGUAUGGGUAACUAUCCACAGGACCCAUCAGGAUAUGGCCCCACGCGUCCCACCCAAGCCUACAGCCAAAACGAGCAGAGUUUUGGUCCCACAGGUUACGGACAGGAGCCAAACAAUUACAGUCAGGCACAGGGCUUUUCUGAUCCCAACCAGCAGGCACAAGGCCUGGUAGCCGGUGGCUACGGACGAGGCCAGAGCCACCCGUUCCACCCGUACCGCCGCUGAACACCACCUCCCCCCCAACAAACAGUGCUUCACCCCCAAACACCAAAGCUGUCUGUCUUGGGUGUUCCUCAGUUUUCUCGACUUGCGACAAUCACUUUCUCUGGUUUAUGACGGCGGAGGUCUGCCGCAUCUAUUUUUUGAAAUGACAUUCCUCUACACUCUGGGAAAGAAACUGCAAGACUUUCCUCCCUUGUACUCUACCCUCCUUUUUGCGGUAAAUUUAAAAGAACUGUGCAAUUGUAAUAGAAAAUAAAAUUUUACUAGUUGCAAACAGAUCUGGUUUAUAUUUAGUGUGUAAUGCCUUUGUUUCAAUAAAAGUAAAACAUUUUUACUGUGA